AAGGGUUAGACCCACCCUUGCGAUUUGUAUGCGUGCAUUACAAAGAAUACUAGUCUGUCCAGCCCCCCUUUCAUACAUAGACGAGCUUUGUAUGAGUCUUCGUGGUCACUUCAUAGUUCAUAAAGAGUUUAAGGAUUCUCUGAAACUGCAUUAAAGUACAUCAGUUGCCUUUCCAGCACUCUUAGCUCGCUUUUGAAGAUGUCAACCCCACAAACGGAGUCCUCUGGCCUAGAUCCUCCCAAGUUACAUCACCUGUUCAAGUUUUACGAUCCUGAAGUGGUGGCGGUAAUGGCAAUUUUGCUUGGUCUGUUCCAAGUGCUCCUGACUAUACCAACUUACACCAUCAACACUGAGAUGAGAUAUUUGUUUGUCUGUCCUCUUUGUGUUGGUUUUGUGUCUGUGUUUGCUGGAUCAUUGGGUAUGGUAUCUGAAAGAAUCCCUAGCAGACAACUGUUGAAAAUAUGUCUGUAUGCUGGACUUGCUGGCUUAGGAGGAACACUGAUAGCUAUUUUUCUGUAUGGUUAUGCUGCUAUGAACGUUCCACUGUUUCCUCCUUGCAAUACAAUUCUCCUUCACUUAUGUAUAGAACAGACCUUUGAAGGUUUAUACAAAUCAAUCUAUUGGCAGCUGUUGUUUUAUGAUUUUGCAGCUCUGGCUCUUCAUUGUUUCCUGUCAUUUUCCGCUUUUAAGGGACUGAAAACACAUUGAGAGAUCACUUUUUUUAUAUGUAAACCAAUGUUGCUUUGUUUUGUUUUUUUUAGGGACAAACAUUUAAUGUGCAUGUGAACCUUUAUAUUUCCGUUUAUAUUUUUGUUCUUGUCCUUCAUUUCCUUCUUUUUUUAUUUGUUUCAUUAAGAAAUGUAAAUUUACGAUAUUAUCAUGAAGUGCGGAUAUUAAAGUGUAUGCGCAAUUCCGAUCACUAAAAAUCUGUAUAGCCUA